CUGCGGAGGGGGUGGGGCGCCGCCUUCCCCGCCCUCCCGCAGGUCCGGCGGCAGACUCUGGCUUCUCCGCGGCGGCUGUGGCAGCGCUCUCCAGGGCCUCCUCCCGCAGGUGUAGAAUGGCGACCCUGAAGGAGAAGCUCAUCGCCCCUGUUGCAGAAGAGGAAGCCGGGGUGCCAAACAACAAGAUCACCGUCGUGGGUGUGGGGCAAGUUGGUAUGGCCUGUGCUAUCAGCAUUCUGGGGAAGCACUUCGUCGUGCAGUUCUGUUGUUAUGCCGGCGCAUGUGGUGUUGCUAAAAUAAGACGGAUCGGUAUUUCGAGUGGCUUGGCACCCUCAGAGUGCUUUAUAGCUAGUCUUCUCUUCCUCUUUUUUCAAGAUUACUCUGUAACUGCCAACUCAAAGAUUGUAGUGGUGACUGCCGGAGUCCGUCAGCAAGAAGGGGAGAGUCGCCUCAAUUUGGUGCAGAGAAACGUCAAUGUCUUCAAGUUCAUUGUUCCUCAGAUUGUCAAAUACAGCCCUGACUGCAUCAUCAUUGUGGUUUCCAACCCAGUGGAUAUUCUUACCUACGUUACCUGGAAACUAAGUGGAUUGCCCAAGCACCGUGUGAUUGGAAGCGGAUGCAAUCUGGAUUCGGCUCGAUUUCGCUAUCUUAUGGCUGAAAAACUUGGCAUUCAUCCCAGCAGCUGCCACGGGUGGAUCCUGGGCGAGCACGGGGACUCGAGUGUGGCCGUCUGGAGUGGAGUGAAUGUAGCGGGUGUGUCCCUCCAGGAUCUGAAUCCGGAAAUGGGCACGGACAACGAUAGUGAGAACUGGAAGGAAGUGCAUAAGAUGGUGGUUGAAAGUGCCUACGAAGUCAUCAAGCUGAAAGGGUACACCAACUGGGCCAUCGGCUUAAGUGUGGCUGAUCUUAUUGAGUCUAUCCUGAAGAAUCUAUCCAGGAUUCACCCAGUGUCAACCAUGGUCAAGGGCAUGUAUGGCAUUGAGAAUGAAGUCUUCCUGAGCCUUCCCUGCAUCCUGAAUGCUCGGGGCUUGACCAGCGUUAUCAACCAGAAGCUGAAGGAUGAAGAGGUCGCUCAGCUCAAGAACAGUGCGGAUACCCUGUGGGACAUCCAGAAGGACCUAAAGGACCUGUGACUACUGUGUUCUAGGCUGUAGAAGUGUAGAAACUACUCUGUGACUAAUCCUGAGCUUUCGCCUUCCUCCAUAUCCACGGGUCACAGCUUGCUUCUUCCUUAAUAUCUGAUAGGAGCCCACAGAAUCAAAGCCCAGGCUUGGAUUAAUGCUUGCAGUGUGAGGUCUUGAACAAAUAAAAUUAACUAUUGCAGUGUGCUUCUGUUUCCCUA